AUGUUUCUAAGGGAAGAUGCAGAGAUGAGCGCCACAGAUAUUUUUGUUCCAAGCAUGUGGGAUGAGGAGUACGACGUAACUCAUCAUGUGGAAUGGCGAAAACGAGAGCUGCGCUGCACGCCGGCGAUUGGCUUCUUUGCUGGACAAGAGCUGCUCUUCGUGUAUGAUGAGCAUCCGGAACGUGUGACCCUUUGUGGUGAAGAGAAGCCCUGUGGCCGCUGUCCUCCCGACCGGAAGGGCUCUGAGAACUUCCUCCGCUGCUGCCUUCAGAUUGCGCUCCGGCCGCGGAAGAUGUCGACGCUUCCGACGGAGGCCUUGUCCAAGAGCGCCUUGGUUCCCCGGGCAGCGCACAUUGCGCAUGGCUUCUCUUGGCCCCUGGACAGGCCUGGAUUUGCUGAAGCAGCUUGGAAGGUCGAAACCUUCCUGGCCGGGCCUGUGCUGGUGGAGCUUCACAGCUUUGGGCUGCGACUGCAGUUCCGCCUUCCGGCGGACGCCAGCUUUGCGGAGCUCUACCACAGCAGCGAGGUGGCCUUCUACCAGCACGGCUGCCAGCUGCCGGAAUUCGUCCUCUGCACCAUGGACGGCUCGGCGUUGUUGCCACGGGACCCGAAACGAGGGAUGAAGCAAGCGGUGUUGCGUAGCAGCGUAGAGGAAUGGGAGGAGGAUGAAACUCUUCUCGAGGAAGUUGCGGCUACGGGUGUCUUUCGCCCCCCGGUGCAGCUCAUUGUCCACGAUAUCUCGGGUGCUCUGGUGGCUGACCUGACGAUGCCAGGGAACACCACGGCUUCGAAAUGCAAAGCGAAGUUGCGGGACAUCACCUGGCGACAUGAACCGGGGGAAUGUAUGAAUUUGGUGCUCAGUGAUGGAACGGUCUGGAAAGGAGUGGUGCCUUUGAAGUUUUCUGAGGACCCGGACCCAUCACCUGCAGAAUUUCGCCUGACCCUGGUCUGGUCCUCGGCCUUUCAAUUCUUCGCCGUGCCGAUCGGUUCUGGUGCCAAAAUCAUCGCUGGGAAGGGCGUCUUCAGGGAAACGCCGGAGAGGGAACACGACGUGGCAAGGGUGGGCUUUGAGGUUUCGCUGAAACAAAGUCCGCGUGCUGGUGCCAGCAAACUCAUGAAGUCGCACAAAAGAGAACGUGGAACGUCGGGCUCAGGCAUUGGAAAGCUGGUGGAGCUGCUCCCCGGUUUCCAGGAGGAUGAUGCCAAGGAGGAGACAUCGACGUCCAUCCACGUUUUCGAGUUGGGCCCCGAGGUGGUCCAAUUGAAAAUCAACAUCACCUCCGAUGGGAAUCAGGUGGGAGGAUCUUACUACACCACUGUGGUCCCGUUGCACGUCAGCAGCUGUGUACUCCGGUCCUUCCUGUCGUACCAGUUUCUGCCCGGCGUCAAGUGGCCGCGAUUGGCAGUCUUCAGGGAUAAGUUUCGUGAGGUGGCAUUCAAAGAGCUGAAAACCUACCUGCAGGACAACCCAAACCUGGAAGGUAUCUUCCAGCAGUGGUUCAACCUCGACACCAAGACAGAUCCACGAAUGCCUGCGGGUGACCUCCAAUCUCUCAUCAGUCGCUUCGAACAGGCCUAUUCAGAUGCAGUGCAGGACGUUUACCAGCCCAAGAUUUGCGUCUCGAUCAUCGGCACUGCCUUUGAGGUGCAGCGUGGAACACGUCAAACCUGCUCCAUCUUCGUUGGGGAGGAUGUGAAGACACAGGCGGGACCAGAUCUGAAAGCACUCAUCGCCUCGCACAAGCAACAGGCGGCAUACAUCGAUUCCCUGCAUGAAGAGAUUCGCCGUUUCAACACGCCAAGCUACCGGCCCCUGUCGGUCUCGCAGGGCAUUGAGGCGCAAAGCCUUCCACUGAGCCAAGCGGCAGGGAAUGAGCGGAGUGUCCAAGCCACCGAAUGCACCAAUGCCGAACCCUGGGGGCUUCCAGCCAGUGCCUUCCAGCAUGGGCUAUUGAGAAUUUCAGGUUCCUCUGCAGCGCUGCACUCGAUUUCCAGACCGACGCGUCGACCGCUGACCGCAGCAACAAAAAGUCAGCGUGCUCGUCGGCGCUCAGGGGGGUUGUUCUAA